CGGCCCUGGGGUUCACAACAGCAGCACCGGCCACCGGAGGAGCAGGCUUCCAGGAGUCUGGCCCUUCACAUCCAGGUCUGCCUGCCUGAGACAAGUCAGCUUUUGGGCGGCCCCGCAAUGGGGGUCCUGUCCCGAGCAGCCGUGCUCUUGGCCUGUUUUGCCGUUGCUUCCGCCGCCUUUGAGGGAGGCUUCAAGCCUGCAGGACAGAGGGAACUGAGGCCAGUGCAUUUCACUCAGCGCUUCGAAGAAGUGGGCUAUGCAGCACCCCCAGCCCCGCCCCGGCCCCGAGGCUUCCCCAUGGCUCACCUGGACGCUGCUCAGCAUGACCCUCACUUUGAGGGACAGGCGGAAGUGAAUGUGCCCCCUGACCUCCAGGAAGUGACCCCCCUGCAGGAAGAGCUGCCCCCUCCCCGGCGCCUGGCUGCAAAGAAAGCGGACUCCCCUGUCCCGCAGGAAGAGAUCCCCGUCCAGGAAGAGGUGCCCUCUCCCUGGCACCGUACUGAACGGAGAGAAAUGGGCUCACCCCUUACACACCAGGAGGAGAUCGUGCGGUCCAGGCAGACGGAGGAAAAGCCGGGUCCCCUCACUGGUCGGGGCCCUGUGGAUCCGCAGUCCUGGAACUCAGCCCAGCACUGCCAACAAGGCCGGUUCCGAGGGGGCUGGGGCCACCGGCUGGACGGCUUCCCCCCGGGGCGGCCCUCUGAAGCCAAUCUGAAGCAGAUCUGCCUCCCGGACCGGCAACGCGUGGUAUACGGCCCUUGGAACCUGCCCCAGUCCGGCUACUCGCACCUCAGCCGCCAGGGAGAGACCCUCAAUCUCCUGGAGACCGGCUACACGCGAUGCUGCCGCUGCCGGGCCACCGCGCAGCGCCUGGAGUGCGCGACACUUGUGUGGGAGGACUCGAUGACCCGGUACUGUGAGGCCGAGUUCUCGGUCAAGACCCGACCGCACUCGUGCUGCAAGCGGCAGGGGGAGGCCCGGUUCUCCUGCUUCGAGGAGGGAGCCCCUCAGCCCCACUACCAGCCCCCCGCCUGCCCCAGCCACCAGCCUGCCCUGUCCGUGGGCCUGGAGGUGCCCUUUCCCCCUGGCCUGCCCACCCUGGACAAUGUCAAGAACAUCUGCCAGCUGAGACGCUUGCGCUCUGUGCCACGUAACCUCCCGGCCACUGACCCCAUCCAGAGGCGGCUGCGCGCUCUGACGCAGCUGGAGGCUGAGUUCCAGCACUGCUGCCUCCAGGGCAACAACCAUACCUGUGCUCGGAAGGCCUGGGAGGACACCCUGGACGGCUACUGUGAGCGGGAGCAGGCCAUAAAGACCCACCAGCACUCGUGCUGCCACCACCCGCCCAGCCCCACCCGGGACGAGUGCUUUGCCCGGCGGGCUCCCUACCCCAACUAUGACCGGGACGUCUUGACCCUGGACCUCAGCCGAGUCACCCCCAACCUCAUGGGCCAUCUCUGUGGAGACCGAAAAGUUAUCACCAAGCACAAACAGAUUCUUGGGCUGAUCUGGAACAUGACCGCCCGCUGCUGUGAGCUGUCGUUUCCGGAGCAGGCCUGCUGUGCUGAGGAGGAGAAAUCAGCCUUCGUGGAAGAGCUCUGUGGUCCCCGACGGUACUUCUGGAGAGACUCUGCCUUCUGCUGUGACCUGGGGCCCGGGGAUGAACAGACCAACUGCUUCAACAUCAAUUAUCUGAGGAACGUGGCGCUAGUGGCUGGAGACACUGGGGAAGCCAGGGGAGAGCAGGGCCCAACUGUGGGAACCAGUGUCAGCCCUGCCCCCGAGUCCAGGGGAAAAUGAGUCACCGCAGAGCCUUGGAGGACCGACGGGGAGCCCCACCCCACCCCACCCUCCUUGAACUUAUUACAGUAAACACCUCCUGGAUCUGCCGACCUCAUUGUCUGUCACACACAAACUCGGCCUCUCAGCCUCCUGGGUCUCCCAGGCCCUGCCCCCAGCCCAGGCCCGUUCCCCAAGGAAGCACAGUGCCUUCCUGAACCGUCCUGCACCUGUUCACAUGUCACAAGAAGUGUCCCGCUGGUGAAAAAAUAUACCAUUUGUAUCUUAGAGGAGCCCCCAAAUGCCA